GUCUUGUCAGUUGUCAGACUACGGGUGCAGCCCGUCGUAUACAGAUGUUUCCAGAAAGUUGUACGGAGCAUUUUAAAGUGGAAUAGAUAUGUGCCAGACUACAGGGCUUUUCACAAAACAAGAACUGUGUCGACUUUAGACGUAUUCCAGGGGAAUAACCCUCUUGUUCCACCCUUAGAGCUUUCUGGACAAGGCUGGGCAGUUUCUAAACAGAAAAAAGACUUUCUGCAGGUGUAUGAAAAAAAAUGGCAUCGCCUUUGCCCAGCGGUAGUUCUGUGGAAGUGGCGACUGAGCCUGGGGCAGUGUUGGAUAGCGGAACAUGUGGGGAACUGACUGCGCUCCCUGGUCUCAUCGAAUCAAUCACCGUCGACGCGGCCACGGGUAAAGAUGGCGUCGACAGAGCCAUGAGGAAUUUGUUCACGUGUUUGUGUAAGUCAUGUGAAAACGACAACUUGGCUCUGUUCCAAACCAUUCUCUCGUGCAUGAAUUCGACAGAAAUGUGCCCAGCCAUCGAGACAGAGCUUUUGCGUUCUUCCAUCUUGAACGCCUCGUUCCGCUGCGCCCGGUAUCUCGUGCAACAGAUUCAAACCGUGAACCUUUGCUCCGUCGUUAGCUGGAUGUGCGUCCGAGACUGGGACGAGAUCACAUUUGAAACCUUGGUGAACAGAGGAUUUAAACUUACGGACUGUGCAUGUAAAGGUAUGGGGGCUUUGAAACACUGCAUCAUCAACGGUAACGAGAAACUGGUGAAAGUAUGUCUGCAAAACGGAUGCAGCCCAAACGCUCAGGAGAUUGAACUUCCACCCGACGACGACCACACACCGGAAGUUGCCGUGGACGAGUUUUCUCCCCUGAUGUGCGCCAUCUUGUACGCAAACGCUGGUAUAGUAGGAGAACUGCUGUGUCAUGGCGUGGACUUGAUGACGUCUGAGAAAUGUGGAAUGUCUCCUCUAGAGGCGGCUGUUUACGCAUCCAAGCCAAAAGAAACGGCCUUGUUGGUCGAAGCUUUUAAAAACAUUUCGAGAGACAGUCCUGAAAACAGGGACAUUUUUGAAGCAGAUGUUAACAAGGCAUUCAUGAACGCUGUAUCCUUGACACACAGCAACAAUGUGAAGGAUUGCCUCAGAAUUUUGGUUCGUGCAGGUGCGGAUGUAAACAAAACCGACGUACACGAAUGUCUGCCGCUGCUGAUGGCUAUCGACGCAAAACAGCUGCAUACUGUGUCUUUCCUGCUGCAAAACGGAUGUGACGUCAAUUGUACCGGAAACGUGCCGGUCGUCGGAAAUGACUACGGUUACCGUCAGAUGUCACCACUGGAAUUGGCUGCCAGCCAAUCGGAUGAAGCUAUUUUGGAACUGCUGCUCAAAUCGGGAGCCACUGUAAAACCAGGCGCUCCAGACACCGAGGAAAGCCGAAAACGGAUUACUUUAUGCCGGAAACGUUUUACUCUGUCUGACUGGUGUCGCGUUUCUGUUCGACGAAACGUGAAAUAUUCCCCGCUGAGAUCUGUCGUUGAAGAUUUUGAAGUACCAGGGACGCUGAAACACUUUUUGACCAUGUCAGGUUAACUGUUAUACAUCUUGAAGCGCAGAAAAUAGGUACGAAAAGCACGUGAAACAGAUAGGACCAUUUUAACCUAUUUUGCAUGUUAAUUAAUGGUGUAAGGGGCCUAAGUUAUGAUGGACUGACAGAUGUCAUUUUAGUCAUAAUAUCAUUUUUAUAGAUAUAUAGGCCUGUGCAUUUCCUUUUAUGAGGACAGUUCUGUUUUCAUAUAAAUGUAGCUCCUGAUGAAUUUCGAACGAAUGCGUACAGUAAGCGAUUUGUUUUUAAUCAAUAUUUGUUAUGGCGAACUUGAGCCGCUCAAUCGUGUGAUACGAAUUUUAAUUUUGCUGUCAGCAGUUCCAUUUUUUGUGUUCUAUUAAAGAUAUUUUAGUAGGUGCUAAAGUUAUUUUAUCGCAAACAGUUGUUUUUAUUAUAUAUAUAUGUGUGUAUUAAUUACCUGUCGCUUGUUACAGUAAUUUUAUUUUUUAAAUUAUAUAUAUCUUGCCAAUGUUUAGGAAUUCUCUACCAUAUAGUUGAAUUGUGAUUUUCUUAAUUGUUAUAUGUACAGCUUCAUAUAGGCCUAUAUUUUACAAGCUCACAAUUUUACACCAUUAAAUGACCAGGAAGAGGUAAAGUUUCAAGGUGUUAUAAUUGAGUUAUUCAAUUAAAACAUUUCACAAUCAAUACUUGAGAGUGUGUGCUCAUUAAAUCUCAGGCGGAGUGACGUCAUAGUGUGAUACUAUCUCAUUAGCAUAAUGCGCAAGCGAUGACGUCACGAGUCGAAGCCAUUCUAGCUGAGUGGAAGAUCUGACAUAUUUCUUGGAACUCUCAGAUCUUAUUGAUUAUCGUGUAUUAUUGGUUGAGGUUUAGGAUGAGAAUAUUUUCUCCUGGCAAUAUGUACACACACACGCACUGGAUAAUCUAUACCUGGGAAUUUCAUGUAAUCCUGCACAUACGCAGUAUUGUAUUCGACCUAAGAGAUUUAAAACUGCCAAUUUUUGUGUCCAUUACAGAUUUAGACGGAAUUUUUUUUUACAUGGUGUGGGAUCAGCGUGUGUUGUAUACGACGCAACGUAUAAAGGCCAUUUUGACCCUAUUAUAACAUUUUAGUUUGUACAGUGUACACAUACAUUUCUUUGUGUAUCAGGGAAAGUGUUCAGUUUUGUGCUUGAAUUAAAUUUUUUCAAGCGAUAUAUAUAUAAGUAAUUCACUGUGAUCGAUUUUUCCAGUACUUACAUAUCCGGUGUGUAAUCUGGUUUUUCCUUUUGAUAUUAUUUUUUCU